AUGGAGUAUCUGGGGGAAAAGUUCACAGAACUUACUGAAGAAGUGAAAAAGUUGACAAAACCACUGCAAGAAGAUACAGAAAAGAUUACUAAUAUUUUGAAGAAGUACGAGGAGAUCCUCUAUAAAGAGGGAGCAACGUUUAAGGAAUAUGAUGAAUUAAGCCAAUUAUCCCAAACCCUCACCAAAGUAACGACUGAUUUAAAGAAUGUUCGUGAAAAGGAAACCUCGAAAGAUAUAGUCAUUCAAUUUGUCGGAAAAACCAGCAGUGGCAAAUCAUCUCUCAUAAACGCCCUACUCCGCAAAAGUCGUCUGCCUAUUGGAUUCAUGCGAACAACCAUGUGUUUUACUAUAGUUUGCUGCACCAAGAAAAGCGAGUGGAGCAUUGAAAUAAUUGGCGAAGAUGGAAGCAAAGAGAUUCUCUCAGUGGGAACUGACGACAAGACUGUAAGCAAUCUUUUGAAUAAAAUGAGUGGUCGAAAAAAUGAACAGCGACGGGAAGAGAAAGGAAUCGAUCGAUGCACCAUUGUACGAGUCAAUUGGCCUCUGAACCAAUGCAAAACGUUACCACGAAACGUUGUCUUGUGUGACACACCCGGCUUAGGAGAGAAUGAUGAAGACGAUGAACUCACCACUCAGAGGGGCGAAAAAGCAGACAUAAUUGUAGCCGUUAUGGAUUCCAUGUCACCGUCAUCAGGGAGACUCAUUAACCUGGUGAAAAGAGUUGGCUGUCAAUUCCCUUUUGCCGUCUUCACAAAGUGGGACGAAUGCUUAAGAAAAGCGCGGGAAAAAGGAGAACACGCCAUAAAAAAUGCGGAAAAAAUGGCGAAUGAUUACGAACAGGAGUUCUGCGAAGCGGUUCAAGAGAAAGGCGACGUUUACUUCGUGAACGUCCAAGACUUUGGAAAUCCUGAUGAUAAAUUUCGUCAGUUCGAGGACAAACUGGCCAAGAGUGUAGCAAAGUUAAAGGUAGAGUCACUUACUCAGCAAGCGAAAUCUGUCGCUUUGGAUUCCAGGAAGGUCUGCACAAAGCUAAAAAAUAUGGUCGACGCCACACAGAGAGAAAAAUUAAAUAGUCUGGGAAAAAAGUUGGAUUUUGUGCAAAAAGACAAGGAGACUACCCGUAAAGCUUUUGAUGACACCGAGAGUAGUGAUAAAGACCUAGAAAUUUUAACCAACAAGGCAGUCCAACGGUUUCUUAAGGAAUUUGAAAACGACUUAUUACAGGGCAAAUCAGAAGAAAAGGAGGGCAAAUCAGAAGAAAAGGAGGGCAAAUCAGAAGAAAAGGAGGGCAAAUCAGAAGAAAAGGAGGGCAAAUCAGAAGAAGAGGCUGUCAAAGACUUUCUCGACAAAAUCAAUGAGGAAAUCAAACGCAGUAUGGCACACAAAAGAGAUGCAAUUGUUUUAGCCUUUCAAGAGUUGAAGAAAAACAUACAGUCCACAAGAUUCAGUCUCCUAAUAUGCCCUCGUCUCAAACACUUCCGCAGCUUACAAACCAAAGAUUACCUGAAGACCAAUACAAAUGGUGUCGCGAUGUUAAUUACUACCUCACAAAUAACUACAUCUGUGUAACCCUUGCUGGUUUCGUAAUUGUCGGAACUCCUUUCCUUUUAGCCGGUGCCAGUUUAGGUACGUGAGUCGAAAUCAAACUUUUCAAGUUAGAG